AUUCUUUACUUUGUGCUGGAUCUUUUCUCCGGUCGGUUUGUUAGCUCAGCACUCGCCCCCAGACAGCGUGGAGUCGUCUUGGUCGUUCACCCCGGUCCCUAUCACGUCGUGGCCUCCAUUAUUCACCCAUACAAUAGGGCUAAUCUCGCUCCGCACACCAAUAGUAGGGCUAUGUUCUCCAAGUGCAGCUGUCGCCUGCACUUUAGGCCGAGCACAGGAUCUGCUGCUGAUAGACUGCACUUAUCUGCUUCUGUCAAGGAUCUCGUUCAUUUACAAUGGGUAAAUACUGGUGGUAUUUGAUGACGUUAUUGACACAGAGAAGGCCUGUGAUGGGCCACUUCUAUAUUUUCAGCUGCUCACGGUGGCAGGGUUCAGAGUUUGUUUCCACACUUGGCUGCUCGGCUCUGCCCGAACUAGGGCGACCUCACGGUUCCAUAUGGUGUGAUAUCAUAUCUCCCACACGUACCACCUCUGAACACAUGGAGAAACAGCACCACUUGUGUUCUUAACAACCUCAAUGAAUUGGAAAUUGCUAAAGCUAAGUAAGAAAAUGUCAUGAGAAAGUCAUGAGCGGUCUUCUCUGUUGAGUUUCUGUCUGGGACAGAUGCUGCUAUUGUUGUUCUCCUCUGGUACCGCCAAAAGGCCUUCUUUUUCUCUCCUACCCCCAUUUCCCUCCGGGUUAAGAACUCUGCAUCAUAGGGUCAGCAUGUGAUGGUUUCAUAACAUUGUGGAAGCUGUGUUCCGCCCAAACAAGUGUGUGCUCUGUUGCCUGCACCGGGUCCUAGUGUUGUGUUUCGGAAGACGUGUUCUGGGGCCCUCGUGUUCCUCCAUGGAGGACAGGUCCCUAGGCGCGGGGCUCGGACCAGUCUUCACCUGGUGUGUGUGUCCUGUGUGUCUGUACCUGGUUUGUGUGUGUCCUGUGUGUCUGUACCUGGUGGGUGUGGGUGUGGGUGUCCUGUGUUGAGCGGCCUCACAGCUCACCUAAUCACCGUGUCUACGUUUGAAACACACUAAACACAAGAAAAAGUGUAAAGGUUUAAAUAUUGUUUCGGAUGUAUUUACUCUAUCUACACAAACGCCCAUGUGAGGCAAAGGUUCACGGUACAGUGUGAGAGCAACCAAGUGAAUGUGCGGUUGAUGUUCGCUGUAUAUAAAUCUACGUGACUGUCGUUAGUCUCUCUCUCUCCCUCCAUACAAGAGGCGGAGGAGAGACCGUGUGCCCUGUACGUGUGACGUUGAUCCGGGUGGACACAUCAGGCCUCGGGUCUGCCAGUAUGCUCAGCGUUAUGUUGGGGAAAACCAGGGCUCACAGGAUGGAAGUACGUCUCUUACGUCAUAGCAGUGCUUCACUCUUUCAUUGAAAUCCUUGGAAAGGGCAGCGGGAUCGUCUCCGUGACGGACACGGAAUCCGGAACCGUCGCGCGUGUCACGCAAAUUCUAGGAAUAUUGUUACGGUUCUGAUCUGUGCUAAGCGUUAAAUCUGGAAAUCAAAUUAUUAAAACCUCCAUACUCGGCAUCGCUGAUGAGACGUUAAUCUUGGAUCGCUCUAAAUGAACGCUGAGCCGUGUGGAGGCCGGCAUUCCUACACAAGUGAAUGCGCGCAAUGUUUGCGGUGUGCUUGCCAAGCCGUUAGCAUAAUAUAGCCUAGCCUAGCCUGGCCUAGCGCGGCUCAUGUUUCACUCAUCCCCUAUGGCGUUAGCCUAUCCUAGGGUGUAUCAUGGCUCACUGAUCCCCUUUGCCAUUAGCCUAGCCUAGCCUAGCCUAGCCUAGCGCUGCUCAUGUCUCCCUGAUCCCCCAUGAUGUUAGUCUAGCCUUGCCUAGUCUGGCCUAGCCUAGCAUGCCUCACUGAUCUCCCAUGUUGUUAGCCUAGCCUAGCCUGGCCUAGAGCGGCUCAUGUCUCACUGAUCCCCAAUACAGUUAUCCUAGCGUAGCCUAGCCUGGCACGGAUCCUGUCUCGCUGAUCCCCCUUGUUGUUAGCCUAGCCUAGUCUAGCAUAGCCUAGCCUGGCCUAGUGCGGCUCAUGUCUCACUGAUCCCCCAUGCCGUUAGCCUAGACUAGCUUGGCCCAGCGCGGCUCAUGUCUCACUGAUCUCCAUGCAACGGUGACAUCACGGCUCUACUUUUAGCCGGGCAAGAGGAUGGGAAGUCCAGUGAUUAACUAGCGUAGCACCGCCUCGCAGCUCUGGGACUCCGCGCUCCAUGGUUUGGAAUCAGUUUGGGACACGGCGCAGGCCAACCGGGGAGGCACUCGUCAGAUGGAUCUAGAGGACAAGUGUGGUCAUUUAAGAGUUCCGCCGGCCAGCGCUGCUUCCUGUUACAGAAGUGCGAUCGCAGGGUCCGCGGGGGCUGAUGGCCUUAGGGCCGGCCGCCUGACUCCAUGUCGUGGUCCUUGAGCGUGCUGAGGCCCCCCUGCCACCGCGAGGAGGAGGAGAAGGAGGAGGAGGAAAAGGAGGAGGGGCCGGCGGCACUGGAAUGCUUUUCGCCCACAUUAACAGAGGUGCCAUUUGGACCAAUGAAGUUAUUUAAAGACCAGCUUCAGGUACUGUUAGUAUUUGCCAAAGAGGACAGCCAGAGCAAUGGGUUCUGCUCUGCGUGUGAGAAGGCGGGCUUCAGGUGCAGCGUUGUGCGGAGCGCCGAGUCGGCCGCCGAGAGCUUCCAGGAGAAGCACCACGACCUCGUCAUCAUGGACCACCGACAUUCCAGACACUUCGACGCUGAAGCGCUUUGCCGGUCCAUUAGAGCGAUCCCCUCCUCAGAAAACACUGUGAUAGUUGCCGUGGUGAAAAGGCCGGACAGAGAGGAGGCCUCUGUGAUGCCCCUGAUCAAUGCUGGUUUUAAUAGGAGAUACGUAGAGAAUGCCAACGCGAUGGCGUGCUACAACGAGCUGCUGCAGCUGGAGCACGGGGAGCUGCGGGCGCAGUUUAAACUGAGGGCUGGGAACGCUAUUUUCACAGCGCUGGAACAAAGCCAAGAGGCCAUAGAGAUCACGUCUGAAGAUCAGGUCAUUCAGUAUGUGAACCCUGCUUAUGAGUCAAUCAUGGGCUACCAACAAGGGGAGUUAAUAGGGAAGGAAAUUAUCGAAGUGCCUAAAAGUGAGAAGAAUAAACCGGAUCUCCUUGAAACAAUAAACUCCUGCAUACGAAAAGGAAAGGAGUGGCAGGGGAUUUAUUACGCCAAAAAGAGGAACGGAGACAGCAUACAACAAAAUGUGAAGAUCACACCUGUGAUUGGACAGGGAGGAAAAAUCAGACACUAUGUGUCUAUCAACAGGCCUUUAAAUGAUAAUAAUAAGGUGGGUCUUGUGUUCAAUGUGAUCCAUCUGGUCUCUCAUUGGUCGAUUGGUUCCAAACGGCUCACCUGUGGUUUUGUGUGCAGAAUGAUAUAACAAACCUGGAGUCCAGGCCGAGUCCCAGACUGACAUCCAGUCCAGUAAGCACAAGGACCGCAGGAAAGGCUCUCUGGACGUCCGUUCCACCACGUCCCGAGGCAGUGACGGGAGCUCCCAGCGACGCCACUCGUCCAUGGCUCGCAUCCACUCCAUGACCAUCGAGGCCCCCAUCACCAAGGUAGGCCCCAUCCCCUCUCCUCUGCCCUCCUCCCUUCUCCUCCUUCUCCUCCCUCCU